AAUUAAGCAUAACCCUCAAAUCAGAGAGAGAGAGAGAGAGAGAGAGAGAGAGUCUCGGAUCAUUCGAGUGUCUGUCGUCAGUCCUCACUUAAGACAGCAACAAGAUGGAGGCAACCAACGAGAAGGUGGUGGUGAUCCUGUUGGGAUUGAUGGUCGCGAUCGCUUGUUGUGCUGACGCGCAGACCAUAUGCAACAUGACCUAUGCGGACCUCAUGGCUUGCAAGCUGGCCGCGAUGCCACCAAACCCGCCGCCACCAACGAGCGUGUGCUGCCAGGGUCUCUCGCACGCAGACUUGAAGUGCUUCUGCAAGUACAAGAACUCGACGAUCUUGCCCUCAAUCGGGGUCGACCCAAAGCUCGCGAUGCAGCUCCCCAGCAAGUGCAAGCUCCCUCAUCCGCCCACAUGCUGAACACAUUGUAUUGGCGGGUGAGUGUGGGGUGAGAGAGAAAGUAUUGGCCCGAUGCUUGACAAUAAUGCGUAUCAUGAAGUAUGCUCUUUCAUGAAAUGCUUAAUUUCUGUGUACUUUGUAUAAUUAAUACACACUAUGAGCUCGUGCUCACUAUAUGGAAUCCAGCUUAUAAUAAUUAAAUGA